UAUUAUGACGAUAAUAAUAUAAAAAGUAGUCAUGAUUUUACAUUAGACUCAGGGUAACGUUAUUGAGUACAUGAAACAGUAAGUGAGUUACAAUAUUUUCUUGUUCUGGGCCUUUAUCGUGAGUGUUUACGUUUUUAAAGACGUUACUGGAGUGCGUAAACCUGACGAAGAAAAUGGUGUAAACAUUUGGUUAGAGCACCUAACCGUUAUGGGGGCACUGUUUAAUUUACUUUUUUCUUUCUUACUUACAAAGCAAGUCAUUAUCCUAGAAGUUUACGUUAUCAAGUAACGUAUUUUAAAACCUCAAAAACUCAUUGGUAGAGGCUCCUGUAUUGUGUAUGAAGCUGAUGGAUCUCCUGGGAUCAAAUCCUGUAUAGGAAGAUUUUUUGGAUAUCAUGGAUUGUUUACAAAAAACUAAAAACGAAACCAAAAUUAAUGACCCAAAAGAAGAAUAUACAAAUAACAUUAUUAACAAAACUGUGGCUCAGAUGACUUUAUAUGAAGAACCUAAAAAUAUGGGAUACGGAUAUGGCUACCGUCAUCAGCAGACGUUCCUAUUAUUUGUCUGUUUAACAGUAGCCUACAGCAUGAGAACAUGCAUUGGUGUGGCGAUGGUGGCGAUGGUACAAAGUAGCCAUGAUAAAAUUACUAACACAACUAAAUUGACGAAUUCAUCAAAUGCAAUUGAAAAUAAUCAAACGGCAAUAGGAAAUGUUGGAAUACUAAAUGGGAUUACAUUUUCAGAACCAUACCCAAAAUUCCAGUGGGACAAGAAAACUCAAGACUACAUGAUGGCGUCAUUUUCGUGGGGCUACGUGAUUCUGCAGAUACCGGCGGGACAACUGGCUCAUCGGUAUGGUACGAGGUACCUCCUCACAGGGGCGUUGGUUAUAAACGGAAUCGUAUCUUUUGGCACACCUUGGGCGGCUUAUUAUGGAGACUGGGCGUUUGUUGCGGUCCUACGAAUGCUUCAAGGCUUAACUCAGGCUUCUCUGAUGCCAGCUAUGCACACGGCAUUUGGAAAAUGGGUGCCUUUAGAAGAACGAGGCAGACUUUCGGCAUUUGCUUAUGGAGGUCAACCCCUAGGAAUUGUCUUAGGAUUACCAAUAACAGGCUACAUAGCCACUUCGUCACUUGGCUGGCCUGGGAUUUUUCGUUUCUAUGGACUCCUGUCAUUGUCCACGGGACUCAUUCUCUGGUUUCUUGGAGCUGAUUCCCCUAGCCAACAUUCGAAAAUCUCUGUUGCUGAAAAACGGUACAUUGAGAAGGGUCUAGGAGCAAAUGGAACCAUAAGCAAGAACCAUCUAAGUAUCCCCUGGAAAGAGAUGCUGCGAUGCAAGGCUAUGCAUGCUAUUGUGAUCGCUCACAUCGGCCACUCUUGGGGUCAGUUGUCCUUAUACACGGAAGUUCCAGCGUUUAUGGACAAAGUCAUGAAAGUUAACAUAAAAGCCAAUGGCCUCCUGACAGCAUUGCCGUUCUUUGUGAUGUGGCUUACGAAUUUUUUCUUCUGUUGGGUCACUGAUAUGCUCAUCGUCAAAAAACUGCUGAGUGUCACCAAUACAAGAAAAUGGGCUAACACGAUGGGCAGUGUCAUACCUGCGGCUGGAUUAAUUUUACUUGCUUACAUUAAGAAGGAUAUUGUUACCGUAGAAAUUAUUUUGGUCGUCACCUGUGCCUUUAAGCCUGGCUUACAUGUUGGUGGUUACGUAAACCACCUCGAUCUAGCCCCGAAUUUUGCUGGUACAAUGAUGAGUAUCAGCAAUUUCGUAGCGAACUUAUGCAGCUCACUAGCGCCAGUGGUGGCAGGGUUUAUACUUGUUGCCGAUGUUACUAGUGAAGUACUAUGGAGGAAGGUGUUUUUGGUAGCCGCUGGACUGUACUUGGUAACUAAUCUGGUGUACGUCGUCUUUGGCUCAGCCGAGUUGCAGAAAUGGAAUAACCCUGAACAAAGUAGAAGAGAAAAUUUGGAAAAUGCAGAGCAAAUACCUAUGUUAUAAAAUUUUGAAGUAUUUCUUUAUUAUAAUCUAAACAAUAUGACACUGAAUCUACGGUUGUACUCACGUUAUUAUAUCGCUAUUGCUGCGACAUGUUUCGGGCCAAUUCGGAGGCCCCUCUUCAGGCAUAUAGGAGUUCACGCGACGGCUAAUAGCGAUAUAAUAACGUGAGUACAACCGUAGAUUCAUUAAUUAUUUGAAUAUGUCUCACGAAAGUUUAACGUGUAAUAUGACACUGAUUUAUUAUUUCCAACAAAUGUUAUGAAUAUUUUUAUCCUGUGCUAUACGACUAGAAAUCGGAUCUGGGAACCGACAUUUUGAUUACUAAAGUCUGUCCAGAAAUAUACGACCAUUGUCAGGAGGUCGCUGCUAUUCUGAUGUAUGGAGUGACAGUUUAGUAUAGUAUGAAGAAAAUAGUUCUAAUGAAAUUUCGCAACAUGGUGCGUAAGGUACUACUGUACUAAGGUACUUAGGUACUACUGUGUAAUCUCGACUAGGGGGGGCCAUUGUAACUGAUCUAUUUUUCCAUUAUUACACUAUGAUGUAUGUUAUCUACUGAACACGCCUACCAUAAUUAUAUAACCGAUGGACACUCUAUUUAAUAAUGCAAACAUUGUAAAACAUGGAAAAAUGGACCAGUUAUAUUUGCCCUCCCAGUCGAGAUAUGCCACGCUGUACCUUAGUCAUAUAUUUCUGUUCAGACUUUAAGUGCUUGACUUCUUCAGUCAAAGGUUUGUGAUAACAGCGAAAGCUAUUUUUGAAAUACAUGCAAUAGAAAUUGGGAAUCUAACAAUACAAUCUGUCAAACAAGUUUGUCAGUAGAAGUUUAAUGUUCUGUAGAAAGAUAUACAUAAUUUUCUGCCUACAUUUUUAAAUUAGCCGCUUUUACUGACGAAAACGGCUUGACAGACUGGCAUGUUUCAAAAAAGUUGCGGAUGUUCAUGGGGUAAAACGUCAAUCAUGACAAAGGUCUACACCUACAUUUCCACGUCAAUUUUUUAAUGCUCCGGGGUGUUAAAUGAAAAUUCAGACGUCGUUCACUAAAAUAUUCCCGCUGAAUUUUCUGCGUUAUUUGUUAGGGCCAUUUACACGUUGCGAGAACUCACUUUCGGGUCUCUUUACAUUGCGGUAUUUGAUUGGUUUGCUGAAUUGUAUGUAACCUCAGUUAUAAAUAAUAAUAAUAAUAGUAGUAUGGUAUCCGCCACGUGUAUCCCUUGCCUUUAG